AUAAAUUUUGGACGAGAUAUAACCAUCUAAUAUAUCCAUGGUAAUAAAAUAAAUAUGAAUAAUAAUACAAAAACAGUAAAAAUCUGUCAAAUAUGUGGCGAUUAUAAACAAGUUGGCCGUAAUUACGGUGCAAUUACUUGUGAAACUUGUAAAGCAUUCUUCCGUCGACUGUCCCUUAAAGACAACAAUUGUAUUGAAUGUGUUUCGGACGGCAAUUGUAUUAUAACAUCACAAACGAGAAAAAUGUGUCAGAAAUGCCGACUCGACAAGUGUUUGGCCGUCGGAAUGAAAUCCCAAAUCAUACGAAGCGAUGAGGAAAACGAGUGGAGACGACGGAUGGGCGAAGAGAAACGCCGACAAAAACUACUGAAAACAACGAGUUCUUCAUCUCUGGAGUCAAAGACAAUGACUAUUAGUUCCGACUCUUCUCAGGAGUGCAACGAAAUCGACGUUUUGAUUGACUCGACGGCAGAUAUCAAUGACGAAGUACUCAACGGACAGAUUAUGGACAUCGAGAACAGCUGUCAUUUAGACCAAGAGCUAAAUGACAGCCAAUUGCCGGCAAUUCCGGUGUUUGAAUCACUCGUUGAUUAUAAUGGCAUAAAUCAACUCCAGUUAAAGCGUAUAUCAGAGCUGUUGGGGGCGUCCAAAGUGUUUACCUAUCCAUCGAGUAAAACGAUCAUGGAGAUUCCGGACAUGUAUGAAAUAUUUCGGCGUUGGUUAACACAAAUCCAGAGUGCGAUCCAAUCGGUGGACAAACGAGUGGUGGAAACGUUAGAAAUGGCGCCCAAAGGAGUUGCCAACAAAUUGGCUGAAUUGGACACAGAGUUCAAGCCGGCGACUGUUGAGGACACCAAAGAACUGGAACAGCUUAAGACACAACUGGCCGUUACAUUGGCUGACAUCGAUCAGGAUAUUCAGGCGCCGGUCUAA